AUGUAUUACUCCUUGCCUACUACCGUUUCUGUCGUAUAUUCAGACCCUCUUGUCACACCAUCUACACCAGAACUAGAACCAAAAAGUGCUUUAGAAAUUAGACAGAGUUCAGGAACCAACCCAAAAGAGCUAUAUGUUCCUUCAGCCAAUGUAGCUUGUUUAUCUAAUCAAGUCACAGAAACACCUGCUGACCUUACCGAACCUUCAAAUACUGUGUCCGAAAGCUUGAUUGAUAUUCUUAAUGAACUUGACUCACUAUCUGCCAAGUUUACUCAAGCAUCUAAAGAGUCUUCAGAAGCCGCUAAGCUUCCAGAUAAUGAACCAGAAUCAGCAUUAUUGUCUUCUAACUUUGCCAAAACCGAUCCUCAGACUCCUUCCGAAUCCAUUGAAUGUUGUACCAGCACAAUUCCCAAGAAAUCGGUCGAUUGUUCAAAUGAACUCGAGACAUUGUCGCUUAUCCUUCAGACCGAUACUGAAUCACUUUCGAAGUCUACCGAAGGUCUAAUUACAGAGCCUGUAUUGAACACCCUCCAAACAAACACCAGCUCUAGACAUUUUUCUGAAUCCCAGACUGCUGAGGUUGAGUGUGUCUUAUCGGCUGAGCUUUCAACCGAGCCUUUGGAACCAGAAGAUAGUAACGAGAUGACAGCUAACAAAGACAUCGUUCCAGUCACUGCUUGUAAGACUUCGGGGGGUCGUGACAAGAAGAAGAAAAACAAGAAGAAGAAGAAAGGUGGUUGGUAA